AACACUUUCUUAUAAAUGAAGGUUGGUCACCGGUUCGUGCCUCAUUUGACGCUCCACCCUCCGCAGGCGGAAGGAUCGAUCCGCGGGAUCAUUCCGUUCUGCUGUUCUCUUGUUACCUCUUUCUCCUCCGGCUCCCUCGUCGACGGAUUCCCGCGCGUCGUUCCACGGUGCUGAGUAGAGAGCUUCCUUCUGAUCCUUCCCGGAUUUCGAGGAUCUCGAUCUCGCGGACUUCGCCGAGGAAUACAUCAAGUAAGGAGUCAAAUGCUCACUUCGGUAAUGAAAAAAUUGGCACUUUUCUACAAGCCUUAUGCGUUGGCUAUUGUAUCAAUUGGCUAUGUUCUGGGAGAAUUAGGUCAUUAUCUGAUAGGCGUAACGAGCAAAGCGAUCGCCGAGGACCUGCAUUACGGCGACAUUUCCUGCCAAUUUAAUUCAACGACAUUGUCGUUGGUCGACCUUCCGAUACAAUGCGAAGCAGCAAAGAAUUCCACUUCCUGCCGAUCCCUGGAACUGAACGGAUCUUAUUACUGCGAAUGGAAUUACAAUGGCCUCGGUCUGGACUAUCAAAUCCUGGCGGGACCGAGCUUCAUCGCGGUCUUCACGAUCGUCGGUGUUAUCUUGGGUUUCGCGGCCGACAAAUACAACAGAGUGAGGAUGUUGACGAUCUGCACGCUAAUAUUCAGCGUCGCGAUCAUCCUGAGCGGGGCGGUGUGGGAAUACUGGCAGCUCGUCAUUCUGCGAAUGGUCCUGGCGGCGGGAGAGGCGGGAUGCAAUCCGAUGGUGACCGGUCUUCUAUCCGACUGGUUCCCGGAAGAACAACGGGGCCUCGUCAUGUCCAUUUUCAAUUGGGGCAUUUACGGCGGUUACGGCAUCGCCUUUCCGGUCGGCCGCUACAUUACUAAGCUGAACGCCUGGGAUCUGGGCUGGAGAAUAUGUUAUUACGGAGCCGGUGUGAUCGGCUUAAUCGUUGCCGUGCUCACCGGUCUGACGCUCACCGAGCCGGAAAAGACGAUCGGCGAGGAGUCGGCCGACGAGAAGCAAGUAUCGAUUUGGAAAGUGAUACUGCAACCACGCAUUAUACUUUUAUGCCUCGCUGCCAGCAUCAGACAUUGCGGUGGAAUGUGCUUCGCCUACAAUUGCGAUCUGUACUACAGAGACUAUUUCCCGGAUUACGAUCUCGGCUGGUGGCUCUUCACCGUCACGAUCGUCAUCGGCAGUAUCGGGGUCGUGGCCGGCGGAAUAAUUAGCGACAAGUUUGUGGCGAAAAUGGGAAUUCGGUCGCGCGUAGCGUGUUUGGCGAUCAGCCAAAUAAUCGCGACGCCGUUCGCAUUCGGUUCGGUAUACUUCACUCCUCUCUGGGCCAUGAUCACGCUAGGAAUUUCGUAUUUCUUCGCCGAGAUGUGGUUUGGAAUAGUGUUCGCCGUCGUGGUGGAAAUAGUUCCUCUAAAUGUACGGUCGACCACCAUCGGCGUUUUCUUAUUCGUCAUGAAUAACAUCGGCGGAAACUUACCAAUACUCGUCGAGCCCACCAGAAUAGUCACUGGUUUCCGAGAGUCAUUGUAUAUUUUUUACGCUGGCUUUUAUGGCAUCAGUUCCAUUCUGUUCUUUUUCACUAUGUUCCUAAUGGACGGUUCCGAGAAAGUAGGAACGACCGAGGUGGAUCCGCCAGUGUACGACAAUAGCACAUUUACUAACGACGAUGGCCAAUUGCCAACGUUGGAGUGGCCACGAUUUCCGGAGCGGCCGCCGAUCUACGAACAUUCUCGGUUAUGAGCCGGAAAAGAGCUGUCGUUCCAGACAGUAUCUGUAAAUAGUACUUCGAGCUAGGUACAAGUCGCGUAGCUUAAGUGUUAACGCCAUUAAAAAAUUGAUUACGAAAAAUUACUGUUACCUGCUACAAAAAUUAAUAGUGUAAGAAUAUUGAUAAGGAAAAAAUUUUGUACAGUAGAAAAAUAUUAGAAAAAUAAUGGAAAAAGAUAUGCAUAUAUCUUCUUUUUUUUUCAAGCAUCGAUGGGUUAAAGUUCUUCGCGUCGAUAUUUGCGAAAUCGCAAUUUAUCAAACAACAGCUGCGAUAAUUAAGAAUUACGAAUUGUUUUGUUUAAGUUGCGGCAUGUUGCAAAACGUUUAUGUACACACGUGUAUUACGUAAAACUUUAUGAUAAAAAAGUUUACGGAAAGUUCGAUAAACUUUGACAAUUCUUAAAUCGUAUUCUUAAAAUAGAAGUUUGUAAUAAUACGUAUCGUAUUGCGAGUGUUAAUUAGGAAGCGGAUUAGUUCAGGUGUCACAGACUAAUUCACACGCAGACUCACCUGCAAUUCCAUCUCGCAAAAAAAUAUUUUAUUGAGAAAGUCACAUAAAUUAAUUAAUAUUAAGUGGCGAUUGGUUUUGGUGUUAUCACAUGUUAUAGACAGCCUGUUGAGUUCCUUGACGAGUAAUACAAAACGGUAAAAUGAUACGUAUUUAUAUAUUACACAUACGGAUACCACUUGGACACACGGACGAAAUUCUACACACAGGAUACGAGCAAUUCUACGUACGGGAUUCAAACUAGAAAUGGAAUAGAAUAUGAGAAUUCAAACUAGAAUAUGAGAUUCGCCAUCCUCUUUCUAUGUACAAAUUAUUUAAUAUAAAUAAAUGAGUCGAUUUGUAAUGUACAAAAAUAAUAAUCGAUCGGGAGCGAUUUUCUUAAACGGAGGUAUACGAAGACGCCGCCCGACGAGGGUUCUGUCAUGAAAAUGCUGUGUACAUAUCUACAUAUAGCCGCACGAUGAUAUCUCGCGCGCGACGUUCUGCAAAUAAAUAGCCGCUUAAAAGCGCACCGAUUGAUCCACCUGCGUGCGCGAUGGCAAUUACGUCACGCAGGGGGAAGGAAACGUAGACGCAGCGCGUAAAUAAGCGUAAAGACUAAAGCCUCUCCUUCCAGGUUCGGCGAACUCUAAUACUUUCCGAGCUGGCUAACACCCGACGACGUAGCGCGAUGAUAAUGCUCUUAAUACUAAUACGGGCACUCGGUCGGAGGGGGGGAGUGUUUUGCGCACGGUUCGCCGAAGCGCAGCAAAGCAAGCCGGUUUAUUUUGAUUGCGGUGUAAGGUGGCACCGAUACGUAUUAUUCAGUCACUUUACGGUGACAUCUCGUUGAGUUAGUAAACUCGCAUCGCUUUCAAAACAAGCGGUUGCAAUGCCGACGGCCGAGUCGCGACGCACUUUUAUCCCGCCAAAUCGGACUUACGAUGUAAAUAAAAAAAAGUGCAUCGUCGGAAGAAACGAUCGACGUGACAAUUCAAGUCAUUUCGAAAAUUUAGGAAACAAAUAUUCACGUCACUUGUCCCGUUCAUGUCGCGACGUUAGAAAAUAAGGAGCGAUGCAUCUAUCGAACGCCCAAACACAACGACGAGCUACGAAAGUAUGUGCCGACUUGCAAAUUCGUAUCAAAAUACACACAAACUGCAAACUGUC